AUGGUCGAGGACAUCAGCACCAUGCGGCGAGAGCUCUGGGAAACUAAGGGUCCCAAGAUCAUCGAAGACCUCGUAUCUCAGCGAGAGGCCACGCUCCGAGAACCUCUGACAGAGGAGAACCGGAGUCUGCUUCAGAGAUGCAUCAUGGAAGCUGUCCGGCAUGUGCUGGAGCAUCCUGAUGUCACGCAAGCGGGAGAGGUUCAAUGGAACCAGGGCGACGGUCUUGCUGUAUCCGUCCCCGAUAUCCCUGAAGACAUUUCCCACGCAGCAUUCCAGUCGGACGCCGCUCAGCAGUUCGAUUCAUAUUUAACGACUUUGUGGCCUAUGUAA